AUGCAUAGGCAAAGAGAAGAGAUACCACGGAUGAUAGAUUUAUACAGUUACUCUACUUUAGAAGGUUUACUAGAUGGAUUAACCGACUUGAAUAGAAUUCCUGAGGAGUACUCUCCACUAUUGGAGCCAUAUUUUCAGAAUAUAGCAAAGCAUGCGCAUUUGAGAUCUAGAGCCCUCAAAAUUUGUCGUUCUAACUUCCAUAAAUGGAAUGAAGAAGGUGCAAAAACCGGCAAUCCCGAAAUUAUAAGAAGAUGCCUCAACCUGUGGUAUGUGUUGAAAGGCAAGGAUUAUAAAAAGCUGAAGAAUUCUCCGCCGGCUGAUAAUAUUAUCAAGGAUGAAAUCGAUGUAUCAUCUGCUAAUGACUUGAAUGUAGCAAGACUUGAAUUUGACGAAUUUGGUAAACUCAUGAGUAAUCCAUUGGAAAAUUUGAUCUUAGAAGAGGUCGAAGUGAAUGAUUUCAUACAAGAGUAA